GUGGCGGACUUUGGGUGCGCCAAGCUGAUACGGCGCACGGAGGUGGGGAGGAUGCGGUGACGGGCAGGCAGGUGGAGCGGCUGUGCGACAGUGUGGACUACGCCAUGGGCACUCCGGGGCACAUGGCGCCUGAGAUGCUCAUGACGGGGGAGAUCAGCGCCGCCACUGAUGUGUACAGUUUCGGAGUGGUGCUGCUGCAGCUGGUGACGGGCCGGCUCCCAAUCGACGCCAACCGGCAGCAGCUGACGCUGUGGGCGCCGCCGCUGCUUGAGGAGGAGCGCUGGGAGGAGCUGGUGGACCCGCGCCUGCAGCGCGCCCUGCUCGCCCGCGCCACUGGGGGGGGCGCAGGGGGCGCAGGUGGGGGGCGAGGGGGGGAGGACGGGGCAGGGGCGGGGGCAGUGGGGGGAGCAGUGGAGGAGUUGAGGCGGCUAGUGGCAGGGAGGUCGGUGGGGGCGGUGUCUGCAGCUGGCGGGCACAGUCGCCUGAGAGGCCAGCAGGGUCUGCCAAGGCCAGAUUCCAAAGGAACCGGUCAGCGCGGCACACGAGCUUUGGAUGACUCUGCUCGGCCAGUGUACAUGGAUCAGCAGCUUGGGAUGAUGCUGGGGCCACAGUGCAUGCAGGGAUGCAUGCAGGGAGGCACACAGCCGUGUUUAUUAGCACAGCACGGUGGGGAUUCAGAGCAUGAUCAGGCAGAGCCGGGGGCUCGAGCCAGCCAUACACCACCACAGCAUGCCAUGUGUGCCGUGCCACGCACCCAUGUGCUCGCACUGUGUGCCCAUGCGCUGGCAGUGGUAGGGUGCAGCGUGUGCGCUGCUGAAUAA